CUGGCAGGUCUGGGGUCGGCUUCGGAUUCAGCGCCUGUUCACUUCACUUCAGUUGGAAGCUCGUCGUUGAGCAGUGCAGGUCGGCACUAGGCGAUUCGAUUAUCCGGAACCACCGAAAUCGAACUAGAUGCCCGAUAAAAGGAGUUCGAGAACAACGGAACCCUUUCCUUGCCGUAGAAAUAAACGAGUCGCAGAAUCGUUCGUUCGAAUCUGCAGUGUCACAUUCGCGGCACAGUCGCAAGUACCCGCCCCGGUUCAGACCGAAGCCUUUUACGAAUAGUAACUAUCGUUGCCGCAGCGAGAAACGGAAGAUAGGAUAAAAACGUACAUCCUCGCGAUACGAACAAACUGUUCUCUGUGGUUGUGCGACGUGAAUGUCGAAUCGUCAAACCGUGGGAACAAGCGGAAGUACGUACCUGUUCGCGUCGAAGAAAUCGAGGAAAGCGGAUCAAACGGAUAACGAGUAAUCGAACGACGGAUCAACAGUGACCGAAGGAGGUGAGACCGGGAGUGUGUUUCGUGGGUGUGUGUUUCCAAUUGGUUUUUAUCGCGUAAAAAUUUAAAAUCACGUCAAACCGGAGUAUCUGUGUGUGUAGUUGCGAUACGUCGGAUGUGACCGGCGAACUUCGGGCCGGCUUUGUACUUUCCUGCUCGGUUCUUCGGGACUCGCCGUCGAUUGUUGCUAACUUACUUGACUAACUUAAAUCGCGCGGCUUUUCUUCCACCGGAUGCCGUCUUGUUUUCUUUGAAUACAGAGAUGCUAAAAUGGCGGUUGGAUUAAGUCGCGAGCACCCUUAUCGACCGCGAGGAGAAAUAAUUUAACAAAACAAUCCGCGCUCCGUUAUCUCUUUUCUUUGUCUCUUAUCGAUGAACGAUAGAACAACGCUGCGGAUAAAUUGUGGAACUGUUUAAUAACGAGUGUGUUUCAAUACCGAGCCGGUGUCGAGAGAUUCGUACCUAUGCAAGAGUGACUAGUUGCGUGAAACAACCGAGAGGAUUUUGAUCGAUAAUUGAGAACGUCGGACCGGAAGGAUCACGCACCGCAGAAGAUCGUUCACUCCUGGAGUCCACGAGCAAGAAUAAGAUCGGUUGGAGCUGAGUCUGUAUAUCUCUCAAGGAUCGACUACUAGCGCCUUCAAGGGGAUCCUGAGCCUGGCUGGCUGGGCCUUGGAGGGGUAAAAAGUACUAGCAAUAAAUGGGGACGAAAUAGAAUCGACCGUACAGCAGAAGAGUGAGAGAGAGUGACAGAGAGAGAGAGAGAGAAGGAGAGAGAGAAGGAGAGAGAAGAAACGAAGCUGCUGGCUGCUCGACGAAGCCCCGUUGGCGUGUGUUACCCGGUUGUAAUGCGAUCCAAUCCGCAACCUGGAAUCCCUCGAAGCUAAAAGUUGGGCGGUCGACGAGCGAGCCUUGAUUCGCCCAUACUUCGGGACGGUUGGUAGAUGGGACAGGGAAUAUUAUUUUUUAUUAUUUUUUUUUUUAAUCUCAUCUCUUGGACAAAGUCGCGCCUCUUCCUCGCGUCCUUCUCGUUGCCACUCGCUCAGCGUUGGCCAUCUUGGAGGAGAUCGUACGACGAGGACUACUCGAUGACAUAAGCAUGAAGAACCUGCAGUGACGCUCUCGCCUUCGCCAUCCGCCCCCUUCGACACCCCAGGAUUUCGUUGACGGGGCAAUUAUGAUCAUGGCCACCGUUAAAAUGGCGGACAAGAUGCUUUUCUUAGUCAUAUGCCCGAUCGUGUUAUACCUAAGAACUACGCGCGGCGAACAAGUUGUCUUGCUGGACACUACGACAGAAGGACGUCUCGAUUGGACCCGGUAUCCUUACGGCGCUCAGGCCAGCACUCCGGGUUGGGUCGAAGAGUCGUUCACGAAUUUCGAAAAGGGUAUAAAUUGGAGAAGCUACGUAGUCUGCGACGUGGCCUACAACAACGUUAACAACUGGCUAUGGACACCGUUCAUAGAGAGGGGACCAGCGAACCGGAUGUACAUAGAAGUGAAAUUCACUAUUCGAGACUGCUCGCUUUUUCCUGGUAACGCUCUCAGCUGCAAGGAAACCUUCAGUCUUCUCUAUUACGAAUUUGACGCAGCUACCAAAGAGCCACCGCCAUGGGAACCGGACAGCUACAAACUCAUUGGUCGAAUCGCCGCUGGAGAGGGUAGAUUCAACACAAACACCCAGGAGAUAAUAAACACAGAAGUGAAGUCGAUACCGGUAACGAAGAAGGGUGUAUACUUCGCGUUCCGGGAUCAGGGCGCCUGUAUAUCUAUACUGGCAAUAAAAGUCUACUACAUUAGCUGCCCGGAAGUGAGCGUCAACUUUGCUCACUUCCCGGCAACGCCGACUGGAAGAGAAGUCAGUCAGAUCGAGCAGUCGGUCGGUACCUGCGUUGCUAACGCGGUGAAAAUCGAUCAGCCAACUUUCCUCUGCAAAGGAGAUGGGAAAUGGUAUCUCUCAGCGGGUGCCUGUCAUUGCAAACCCGGUUAUCAGGCCGACGUUGAGAAACAACAGUGCAGCGAGUGCCCUAUUGGGAAAUUCAAGUUCGAGGCUGGUUCUCAGAGCUGCGAACCGUGCCCGGCUCACAGCAAAGCUCCGGAUUACGGAUUCACAGAGUGUCGAUGUGACGCCGGCUACUUCAGGGCUGGAAAGGACCCCAAGAACAUGCCGUGCACUCAACCCCCGUCAGCGCCGCAAAAUCUGACAGUCAAUUUUGUGGAUCAAUCUACGGUAAUCCUCUCGUGGAACUCCCCACACGUGCAGGGUGAAAGGUCCGACACAACUUAUAGAGUGGUUUGUGACGCCUGCAGCAACGGGGUCAAGUACAUUCCAAACACCGAGAUAUUCAACGACACGAAAGUGACGAUCACUGGAUUGAACGCAGUGACAACCUACCGGUUUCAAGUAUUCGCCGAGAACGGUGUUUCCCCCUUGGCCGGCACGCCGGACUACGUCGACAUAACCGUUACUACGGAGGCGAGCGUCCCGAGCCUAGUCAGCAACGUAAGGUUCACCAGCGUAAAAAGUACCGAGCUGAGCAUAAGCUGGGACGCUCCUAUCACCGAGAUCGGUGGUGACAGUGAUUUGGUGGAACGAUACGAAGUACGUUGCUAUCCACGUUUUGAUGAAGCCACAAACGCCACCAUCGUACAAACUUCGGAUCUGGCGGCAACGUUCAAAGGUCUGAAGCCGGCUACGGAUUACGCGAUUCAGGUGCGAGCCAAGACUACCAGAGGAUGGGGCGAAUACACUCCGGUUGUCUUUAAAAAAACACCUCACGCGCUGGGGCUCGAUUACGUCGGUGACGACGACAACAUGCAGGUCAGGAUCAUCGCUGGCGCGAUCGUCGCCGUCGUCGUUCUCCUCGUCAUCAUUAUCAUUAUGACGGUGCUGUUCUUGCGAAGCAGGGCCUCUGAUGAGUGUAACAAAAAGCAGCCGAGCGAUUGCGACACCCUCGAAUACAGAAACGGAGAAGGACUAGUUGUGACCUACAUGCACUGCAAAAUGGACAGUUCACCGAUUGUGACAACCCACACCAACAAGAGCAAGUCUUCGCUGACCACCCCGCUGUUCACGCCUGCAGUGGGAGUCGCAACUGCAGCCGGCGGCGGUACCGGGGGUGGUGGCGGGGCCCGGAGCUACGUCGACCCUCAUACCUACGAGGACCCGAAUCAGGCUGUCAGGGAAUUCGCCCGUGAAAUUGACGCCGGGUACAUCACCAUUGAGGCUAUAAUUGGUGGGGGAGAAUUCGGAGACGUUUGCCGAGGCAAGUUGAAAUUGCCGCCCGACGGUCGAUCGGAGAUCGACGUAGCCAUAAAGACGCUUAAGCCAGGAUCGGCGGACAAAGCGAGAAAUGAUUUCCUGACAGAAGCUUCGAUAAUGGGACAGUUCGAGCAUCCAAAUGUGAUAUUCCUCCAGGGUGUAGUCACGAAGAGUAAUCCAGUUAUGAUAAUCACUGAAUUCAUGGAAAACGGAAGUCUAGAUACAUUCCUGAGGGCGAACGACGGAAAGUUUCAAGUUCUUCAGCUAGUCGGUAUGCUUCGCGGCAUUGCGAGCGGCAUGCAGUAUCUUGCAGAAAUGAAUUACGUCCAUCGAGACCUUGCAGCUAGGAACGUCCUCGUCAACGCGGCUCUCGUUUGCAAAAUCGCAGACUUCGGAUUGAGUCGUGAAAUCGAAAGUGCCACCGAAGGUGCUUACACGACUAGGGGCGGUAAAAUCCCUGUCCGAUGGACAGCGCCAGAGGCGAUUGCAUUUAGAAAAUUUACAAGCGCCUCCGAUGUUUGGAGCAUGGGUAUAGUUUGCUGGGAAGUAAUGUCCUAUGGAGAGCGACCGUACUGGAAUUGGUCGAAUCAGGAUGUAAUUAAGUCAAUCGAAAAGGGCUACAGACUGCCAGCCCCAAUGGAUUGUCCCGAAGCCAUUUAUCAGCUGAUGCUCGACUGCUGGCAAAAAGAACGCACCCACCGGCCUACGUUCGCCAACCUCACCCAGACCCUCGAUAAACUCAUACGGAGUCCAGACACCCUUCGAAAAAUUGCCCAGAACAGAAUCAGGGAACGGGGCGCUCCACCCCCACCACCGCCCGCAUCAACCGUGCAUAUAAGAAAAAGGGGUACAAAUCCACUAGCACCGGACGCAGUGGAUCUUACGCAACUGACGUCAGUAGGUGAUUGGCUGGCAUCAAUAAAAAUGUCAAGAUAUGCGGAGAGUUUUGAAAGAGCUGGGGUAACGACGUUGGAGGCUGCAGCAAGAGUCACCGUCCAAGAGCUAACUGCCCUAGGAAUAACGUUAGUCGGUCAUCAAAAGAAAAUCAUGAACAGUGUAACUGCUCUGAGGGCUCAAAUGUCAGCAACGUCGCAAGGUUUCCUUGUCUAGGAAUAAAUCUGAAAAAAUAGAUACCAAUCAUGAUAUUAUGAUAGUUAACCCCAAUGGACUGCACUAUAUGUAUGUACAUGUAUGCAAAAGCAAACUUAUUAGCAAUACACAUACAUGCAUACAUAUUAUGUACGCAUUUGAGAUGUUAACGGACCAAUGAAAAGACACACGGACGUCUUUCUGUAUUAAUUAUGCCCGGAGUAUUAAACUGCAGGUCUAAAGUGGCCGAACGCGACAUUCCACUAUGUACACACACGUAUAUACAGUAAUAGAAGUUUGACGCGACAGCGAUUUGAGUGUUCCAGACUGUAAGUACAUGAUAUCGCACCGUCUGGAAUAGAUAAAUAAGAGUUAAAUUCAUGUGACUUUUACAGAAAAGCCUAAUCAUUUUUUCUGUUGUAAGUCUGUGUAUGUAUAUAAAGUUAUAAACAUAUAUACAUAUAUAGAUACGUAAAAAAAAUCAAACGUCUAAUAGCAUAUUCCAAAUGGUCUAACAGAACUUGGAAUCUACUACGCCUACUCCUCGAGAAUGAGAUUUCAAUAAACAAGAGAAAUUCUUAUGGCCUCACUCUUAUCUUAACAGUAAUUACGUCAGAAAAAUCUUUGGAACAUUACUUCCAACUAUUUUCCGUAACAAUGAUUAUGGACAGCACUCGUGUAUAUACAUAUAUAUUAUGUAAUUAUACACAUACAUAUAGAAUAGUGUGAUACCAUUUUAAAUCCUAUUUUUCCAUUUUUAUCUUGCUUCAAUGUAUUGUUCUUCUUUAAGUGGAGUCUGAUCAGCUCAGACUGAUAGUAAAUCACUUUUCUGUUUCUUUUCUCGAAAUUGCUAGCCCUGCAUUACCGAUAUAAUAUUGUAACUUUUGUGUUGCUUGAAAAAUAAGAGGUUCUCUGAUUAAGAAGGCAAAUGUAGCGAAACACAGAAAAUACAGGCCAAAAUCAUAUAUUCAAGAAAAUACGUCCUUCCGAGUUAACAUCUAGAGAAAGACUGUUUACAAUAAUAGUGGUUGGCGCAGCAACCAAGCAAUUCAUCUAUUUGUAACAUGUAUUUAUCUUGAAGGGGUAAGAUUCCCUUCUUUAAAUAUGCAGGGUGAGAAGGUAACCUUGUUACAAUAUUUAGAGCCAUGCAACACCCAAUGUUUCAGAAAUAUUUCUGUUCGAACAUACCAUGUGAAAUGGUUCUAAAAUAAGUAAGUAAUAUUUGCUGUCAUAUUUUUUUCAAACAGUUUGGACGAAAAAUAUUUGGAAGAGAAACAAUAUAUCUUGAACAGUAAAAAACAAAUAAAACACAUUUAGUGACAUGCAUCUGAAACCCUUCUAGAGCUGUAUAAUUUAACUGCGACAGUUUUGCAAACUUGGAGUAUUUGUGAACCAUAGGUUUUAAACAUCUGUGCUAUGUGAUUAGACUAUUGGAGAUGACUGAUGUUUGAAAUUCUGUCGGAAGCUGCAAAAUUUAGGGAAAUAGUACCAGCCCAGUAUAUAAUACAUAUUAUGUCUGCGCAAAAACAACGUACCGUGAUCGAACUUCUAAAAUCCUCUACCCUGGAUAAUCGAACCAUUAUAUAAAUAAUCAAUAUAGUGGUGAUUCAAAUUCAUCACGCACUUGCUCAAGACCGUGUGCAAAGAUGAGAGAAAGCAAGACACUGUAAAUAUACAUAUGUAAUAUAUGUAUACGUAUAUCUUUUGCGAUUAAAUUAUCGUAUAAGUAUUGCAUACAAAUAGGAAUAUGAUAUCGUGCAGCGAUAUUUUUAAUAUUACGCUUUUGUUCAGCUCUGCUUUGACAGCUAAAUCGCAUACAAAUGCAUAAGUUUUGCGUUUUAUAUUUUAUAUAGAUCAUAGAUGCAUAAGUAUAUGUACACAUAUUGUGUGUGUAUGCUGCGCGCGUGUGUGUAUGUGUGUGCCUGCGUGCGUGCGUGUGAAUUCUAUCGGAAAUGAUAAAUGUGCCAACGCAAAAAGUGAAUAAAUGAUUAUUAUAAAAGUAAUGGUUAUUAAAAAAAGAUGAAUAAAUAAUAUUGAUGAUACAUCAGCUCCAGCUACAUAAGUGCGUGCUCUAUGCUGCAUAUGUAUUUAUACAUGUGUCGAAUCAAUAUUAUUUGGUAACAAAUAUCGAAUACAGAUUUGUUGUAAUAGAUAUAGUAUUGAGAAAAAAACGAAAAUGAAAGGAAGUGAUAAACGAAUACUCAUAUAUACGUAUGGGGCUUUCGCGUGAAUUUACAAUCAGCAAUCAGUUGACUAUGACAUUUUUUGAUUUCGUCAAGGAUUUUUCCUAUGUUCGUUCGACUUCUGCAAACUUGCCCCAAAAAUUUGCAAAAUCAAAAAACAUCAUGUUCAACCGCUUACUGAGUUCACGUGGUAAGCCUAAUAUCAGGGCCGGAUUUAAAGGUGUGGAGGACCAAGGGCGACAAAAAAUUGGGAGGCUCCCAAUUAUUUUUCAAACAAGAUAAACAAUUUUCAUUUUUAUUCAGAUAUCAACUUAUCUCUGCUGCCCGUCUUUGCCUGCGCGGUCAGUCGUGGCGUGGCGUGCUUGUAGCGGGGAAUCCCCGCUGCCAGCACUACUUAAUAGACACCCCGCAAAUAUGAGAAGUUCGCGAUACAUUGCGUUAUUCUUUAUUUAGUCAUUUUAUGAACAUUUAACGUCCAUGCUCAAAGUCCUCUCUAUAGGGAACUAUUUUUCUUAAUGUUGGAUUCCUCAUAGAGGAAGCUUUAAGCGUCGUGCAAAAGAAGUCUUGAGGAAGCAAGGUUCAACUUGCAACUUUCCUUGCGAAAAUUUCCAAAUUUCACAAAAUUUGAAUCCAUCGACCGAUUUUCUCAAAAUUUUAUAUCAACAUUCUUUUUCAAACAGUGUAUUCAUAUUCUAAAAUUUUGCCUAACUUUUCGCAAUUCGUAAAAAUCAUGGCAACUUUAUCAUUUUUUUUUAAUUUUUGGUAAAAAAAAGUUUUCAAUAUCCGAACCGUUUGACCGAUUUUCUUCAAAUUUCAUACCAAUUUUACUUUUAUAAUACUCUUAAAAAAAAAUCUGUACGAUAUCUUGAAAUUUGCAAGAUAGAGCGAUUCGACGAUUUUCCAAAAAAAAUUUUAAAUUCAUAAAAUCCGAACCGUUUGACCGAUCAUUCCCAAAUUGAAUACCGACCGUUCUUCCAUGAUAGUUUAUUUAUAAAAAAACUAAUUUUUCUUUACAAAGUCUGAAAAUUUUUAGAAAAUAAUUUGGUCACAGAGAUUUUUCAAAGAUUGAAAAUGUCGUAAAAUUCUUCAUUUUCAAUUUCGACAAAAUUUGGAGUGAAUGUAGGGGUUAUACAGAUUAAUAUCUUCGAAAUGGGAGCACUGUGGCGCAAAUCGUUCUCGAGUUAUAAUCAUUUCAAUUUUACAGUGCCAAGACAUACACACAUACACAUCUAGACAUUUUUUCUAAAUAUGAUUUUUCGUUAUUUUGCAAAAUUUUAAGCACACAGACAUCGAAAACUGGCAAAAAAAUUUGUUUACCGUCACAAAGCUUCUUCCACGAGGGAGCAAAAAAAAAAAAAAUGCCUCAUGAAACUGAGCGAAAUUUUUUUUCUCAGAAAAGUGAAUUUUUUCAUAUUUUGCAUACCAUGUGUUAGCAUAUUUGACCUAAAAAUUUAUAUUGUGGCGUUCCCUCUCUUGUGGAGUCCCUGGGUCUUCAGUCCCUGUUGCCCUCCCCUAAAUUCGGCCCUGCUCCAUAUAUACUGUAUACAUCUGCAUGUAAGUGCAGUGUCCAUAUUCUCCAGGAUAAUUAUUAUUUACACAUGGAUAUGUAUAUUAUAUGUAUAUAUGGAGCUUUCCAUGUCAACUCAACCAAUGAUUUUACCUCACUAUUUUCGUUCCGCUUCACAAUAUCUCUAAAUUUUUUCAUAUUUUUCCCCUUACCCUUAACUUUUUUGUAAUUAUUCCCACUCGUCUCAAAACCGGUUUUUUUUUUAACUCUUGAGAAAUUCUCUAAAGUUUUAUUUUCAUUCCGAUCAUUUUAACACCCGUUUCAUGAUAAUAUGACUGUUUGAAUAUUUUUUAUUUUGCAUUUUUAAUACUAAACAAAUGGAAAACCAUUUUUCGAAGUUCCGCAAAUUCUUUAAAAAUUUGGUGUGCUCGCGUCAAAUGAUUGAGAACUGAACUUAGAAUUUUGUGGUAAUUUUUUGAGAAUUUCAACAAAGGCCAAUUUUGAGAUGCGUCAGAAUAAUCAUAAAAAAUUAAAGGAUGGAAGGAAAGUAUCUGAAAAAAUUCGGGAGUGCUUCUUCGAGAUGGAAGAAUGGUAUGAAAAAUCGUGAAGCGAAUCAAAAAUGGUAAGGGAAAAUUAUUGGUUGAGUUCAUAUGGAAAGCCCCAUAUGCAUGAAUCUAAAAAAUUGAUAUAUAUAUAUGGGUACGUCCAAUACUUUCCGACCGCAGCCUGCGGGCUUUGGUCAGUGAUUCGGCUGCUGAUUUUUUUCAAGAAAGUAGGUUAUAAAAAAAGACGAUUCUCCAAAUUUGAGCUUAAUAUAAGAAAAUCUGGUGGCUAUAGAAAUUUUUGAAGUUUUUAAUAAUUCAAUUUUUUAGUUAUUUUCACGAUUUUUUCAUGGGAGCUCUAUGGGACUUAAAGACUCGAAUCAAACGGCAUUCCCCUUCUCUGACCUUCUAUUUUAAGGAAAAAAAUAGUUUUUUACUCCAAAGCAAAAUUCAGUUUAAUUAGGACCCUUUUCAUGAACUACUAUUUUAGCAAAAUUUCGCAUAACUUUGAAACGCUGCCAAGUCAAGAAUUUUCUAAGUAGACGGCCAAUCGACGGCUAAAAUUUUUCGUCUAGGUAUACUUUAUCACUACCUACACGAAUUAUUAUUAAUUACCACGUUUCUUUUUAUAUACGGCCUCGCAAAACCAACUGAUUUCUGAAAAAACGCGGUUUUCAGAUAGCUGUAACUUUUUUCUAUCAACUCGAAAUAGCUUGAAAUUUUCAGGGAAAAUACUCAAUUCUAUCCCCAAACAACACUGAAAAUUUCCAGCUAGGAGCCGAAGUUGUUAACGAGCUGUUCAAGUUUCCCACAUAAUAUUUCGUAUUUCACGGCAUUAUCAACUAUAUAACAAGUAUUGAGUAUGACUUCACGGGACACAAAGAAACAAAUAUUUAAUUUCAAAUAAAUAAUUACAAUACGAAUGAUAAAUAAAAAUAUUUUAUACUGCUAUAAAUAUCCUAUUCUCGCAGUCAAUGAGUUUUUUUCUUAACGCGAUACAAAUUAUAGGGAUGUAAGCCAUAUUUUUAUAACAUUACUUCAGUAUGUAGUUUUGCAAGCUCUUCAUUUUUUUUUAUUUAGGUUAAUAAUCGACAAGUUUAAAUUUUCCACGCGCAAUUCAAGAAGUCGUUGAUAAUGCCAUGAAAUACGAAAUAUUAUGUGGGAAACUUGAACAUUUCGAAAAUUCACAGCUCGUUAACAACUUCGGCUCCUACCCGGAAAUUUUCAGUGUUGUUUGGGGAUAGAAUUGAGUAUUUUCCCUGAAAAUUUCAAGCUAUUUCGAGUUGAUAGAAAAAAGUUACAGCUAUCUGAAAACAGCGUUUUUUCAGAAAUCAGUUGGUUUUGCGAGGCCGUAUAUAAAAAGAAACGUGGUAAUUAAUAAUAAUUCGUGUAGGUAGUGAUAAAGUAUACCUAGACGAAAAAUUUUAGCCGUCGAUUGGCCGUCUACUUAGAAAAUUCUUGACUUGGCAGCGUUUCAAAGUUAUGCGAAAUUUUGCUAAAAUAGUAGUUCAUGAAAAGGGUCCUAAUUAAACUGAAUUUUGCUUUGGAGUAAAAAAAUAUUUUUUUCCUCAAAAUAAAAGGUCAGAGAAGGGGAAUGCCGUUUGAUUCGAGUCUUUAAGUCCCAUAGAGCUCCCAUGAAAAAAUCGUGAAAAUAACUAAAAAAUUGAAUUAUUAAAAACUUCAAAAAUUUCUAUAGCCACCAGAUUUUCUUAUAUUAAGCUCAAAUUUGGAGAAUCGUCUUUUUUUAUAACCUACUUUCUUGAAAAAAAUCAGCAGCCGAAUCGCUGACCAAAGCCCGCAGGCUGUGGUCGAAAAGUAUUGGACAUACUCAUAUGUAUAUGUACAUAUAUAUAUAUAUAUAUAUAUAUAUAUAUAUAUAUAUAUUAUAUUAAUGUGGUCCUUAUUUAGGGUGGUGACGAAUUUCUUCCGGACCGCCCGUCAAAUCAACUUCAAAUGAUUCGAAAACAAUUACCAAAUUUUUUCAGAUUUUUAUCUCAACUCUAACCCGUGCCUGUAAAAGGGAGGAUUUCCUCAUUCAAAUACACGUGAUUCGGAUAUAAUCUCAGUAUAUAUCCUACUGUAAAAGUAAUAAUGUUCGAACAAAUCUAUAACUGCGAGGUUUUAGUGGGCAUUAGUGUUACUAUCUGAGAAAAACAUUCACAUUAUCAUACCAGGUAAUCUAGACAGAUUGCACUUUCUCUAAAUGGAAACAAGUCAGAUUUCGGGGAUGUGCUAUUCAUUGCGAUUGCAUGGUAUGAUGAUGAGAAUUUUUUCUCAGAUAGUAGCACUAACGCCCACUAAACCUCGCAGAUACAAAUUUUUUUGAACAUUCCCUAUAUAUAAUGCAUGCACGCACUAUACGCGUCACGAGUUGUAUGUACGUACCUGUCACGUAUUGACGUAUGUACGGUGAAGAGCUAGGCAAAUAAUGUCCAAAAUCUGUUUUUGAACACAAACAUAUCAAAGUAUUGGAAAACUAUGCGAAAUGAAAUUUAAAUUUAGAGAAGGUGGACAACGAAGAAAGGAAUGGAAAAUAAAAAAUUGAUAGAAAGUGACUACGAAAGUUUUUUUUUUAUAUUAUCAUUAUUAUCACCUGCAACGAAACUUUUCAUUAGUCGAAACAAUUCUGCUGCGUCAUGAAUAAUGUCGGUGUACAAAAAUUGUGUACUCUCCGUUUCAAUUCAUAUAUUAUUACACUACAGCAUUAAUUCCGUACAAAAGUGAACAGAAAUAUUUCAUCGAACGCGAUUAUUACUUGAAACUCAAAUAGGUACACAAAAAAGUACAGGAAUACACGUAUUACAUAGAUUGAACUAUAUUCAUUGAUAAUCUCAGUAGUUAUUCAACCAUUUAUCAGAAGUGAAGACAUUACACACUAUAUUUAUUUCUGUGUACAGAAUCGCUAUUGUAAAGACUGUUUCGAAAUAUUAUAAUAAUACUACUCAUGGCACGUCGCGACGCUUUUUGCCACGGUAAUUUAUGUAUAAUUAUCAUUUCUAACGUAUGUAAAAAUUAUACUUUUAAAAAGAUUACUGCAAUAAUUGUAAUUAACAAGAAAAAAAAAUUCCUUUUGUAAUUAAUUGCGGUAAAACAUGCCGUUUGCCAAAAAAAAUUUUUUUUACUCGUAACUUAAAUAUAUACAUACGUCAUACAUACGCUGUAAUAGCAUAAUGAAAAUUUUAUUGAAGAACCUACGUAAUAUUAUAUAGAUGUCCUUGAUUGGGGAGUGUUUUGCCCCGUUUGUUAUAUGUUAAGAGUAUGCGAUAUCCAUCUUAAUUAUAUAAUAUAAAAAAAUUGAUUGUAUGUACAAUAUUGAGCGGCAAUUUAUAACAAACAGAGUUAUAGAAGUAAUACUCAUAUUUAAGGAGGGCAAAGAUUAAGCAAUAAAUAAAUACAUGCAUAUGCAGAUUUUUAUAGAAAAUGUUAAAAUUUGAGAAAAUAAUUAUUAACAACGCUAUCUUCCUAAAUGUUCGUAUUGAAUAGUAAUAUCUACAUGGUUCAAAAAUUUUAUCCGCAAUAAUCAGUAAUUCUAACGCAGCAGUGUAGUCUUGUACGCAGACCGCGAAUCAUUAUUACAAUCGGCACAGACUAAUGCCGGAUAAAAUUUUUCAUCCAAAUUUAACAAAUAUUCAGCUAUACCAUCUGUACCUAUAUAUGUCUAGCGAAAAUUGUUCGAAUAUCGUUAAAAAUGCCUUUCAAUUUAAGUCGAACAGACUUAUGAACGUGAAUUGAACUGGAAACAACGUAAAAAACGAGAAGAGAUGAGAAGUGAUAAUAAACAGCAUUUUUUAUACGAUUCUCGAAUAUUUUGGAUGAAUGUUGUAAAAAUCUAAUUUUUCUAUAUUUCGAAAGAUACACUACAUGUGGACUUGAAGUCUUUUUAACGAUAUUCCGAGUGAUGUCGCAUAUUUUGGUUAUUGUAUAUGUGUGAAAUUCAAAGUAACAAAAAACAAGAAUGAAAUAGUGAAAUCCAAAUUCUUGAGUAUGAGUGUGUCCUUCUUAAAAAGUUUUUUACGCAUCAAAUUGUUUGAAAUUUGUUGGUAUUUUACUUGACUAUUGUUUUAAUGUUUAUUGAAUUUAUCACAAUCAAGUGCUGAACUAUUAUUUAUUAAACUUAUUUAUUAUUUAGAGAUCUGACUAAAUUAAAAAUUCUAUUUGCAUUAUAAUCGAUUACACAGAAAGGACAGAUUGUUUCAACCAUAGAAAUAUUUCUUUGCAGGUAAAGAAAAUAAAGUGUGUUGGUUGCAAGUAAAUUUCUGUAAAUGGGCAGAAUUUUUUUGGAAACUUACUCAGAGUUUUGUUGCAGAAACGAAAUAUUCUGUUUCGGCACCUGCCAAAAUACACUCUUUUUAUCGAAUAAUCUUUUUUCUCAGCGUGGAAAAAUAAAUUUUGCUAUUUUUUAUUACCUUCAAAAACGAGUUUCAAAAACUCCUUAUCAUUCCUAAAGAUCAUGAGGCAAGAAGAGACGGAAAAAAAAUCAUAUGAAUUCAAUGUACAACUCGGUUAAAAAGAAAAUAUUAUUAGACCAAAAAUAUUUCUUUAUGGGUGGCGGAAAAAAUAUUUUGUUGUUAUUACUGACUUUCAGAUAAGUGGAAAUUUCGCUGCAACAGAAAAAUAUUUUUUUAUCCCCUGAAAAGACAUAUUUAUUUGGUUGAAACAAUCUUCUCCCAUUUUAUGUGUAAUUUUAAUUAUUAAAAGUUCGGUAACUCUUGUAUAAAUUAUGUUUAGUUCUUUGGUGACCGAAAAAUAAUAAUUAUUUUAUAUGCUCUUCCACCUUAUUCUUUCUUUGAUUUAUUAUGUUAUUUUUUUUAACCGGCCUCAGCUGUCAAAUUAUUUGCAAUGACUGCAGGUACCGUCCCACUGUAUUCAGUAGCUUCAAAAUCUCAUAACUACUCAAUUAUUAGUCAGCAAAGUUGAGUUGAUUGAGCUGGAAUAUCUCCUUGUGUCUCGGUUAUUAUUGUAAAAAAAAAUUACAGACACACUUACAUAUAUAUAUAAAGAUAAGUUUUCAAACAAACUUCGGAAUGUGUCUAAAACAUUUUUUCCUAUGGUGUUGUCAAGACGAUGUUGAAUGUACAUAAGAAAUAAUAAAUAACAUACCUUAUAUGAUGUAAAUUAA